AUGGCCAAGGCUAAGGUUAAGAAAGAGGGCAAGAACGUCCAGGGUCAUAUUCGAGCCCGCCUAGAUUACCUUCAGAAAGCAGCUGUUUAUCUGCAAAAUGCGCAACAGAACACAGCCCACCAAGUGAUCUCUGAAGAGACUGGCAACUCAGCUUAUGCCCAAAAUGAUCUACACAGCAUUUCAAAUGGCAAAAAGGGUACGCAGGGCACGUCUGGCGCGAAAAAGACCACGGAGCCCAUGAACAACCUCUCCAGGGUAUGCGUAUCUCACCUGCGUGGCGUGGCAUUGAAGACUCAAAUCCGGCUGCCAAUCGCGCUGAAGAGAUCCGUCUGCAAGCGCUGCGAUACAAUCCUUGCGCCUGGAGUGAACUGCUCGCAUGAAAUCGAAAAUGCGAGUCGCGGCGGCAAAAAGCCAUGGGCUGACAUACUGGUCGUCCGCUGCUUCGUGUGUGGGACCGAGAAGCGUUUCCCCCAAACGGAAAAACGUGGAAAGAAGCUCGUGCAACGUCGUGAGGAAUCAGCGUUACAGCAUGAAGUUGCCGCUGCAAAUGCUGAGGUCGAGGAAGCGACGUGA